AGAUAACGUAUCAAUUUACUCUCUUCGUUCCCCUGAAAUUCAUGUUUGUUACCAUGUCGAAGGUUUGGACUUUCCAACAAAUCGCGUGAAGCCAUUCCAACAUAAAGCGGGGAUGCUUACAUAACCAUCACCAGGAUGGCAGGCACAAUUCAAUUCACGAGGACGCACAGGAUCAGACUCAAGUCCACUGCAGUUCGGCUUUGCCGUAACACUGGAUGCAUCGUUACUUCCCUGUAACACCAUUUGCAGCCUCGGCCGUCCCAAUCACCGGAGACGAUGGGCGAGCUGAACGGCUAAUCAGUGGGCCAUCCUUCAGACCACCUGGCGACUGAUUACGCAUGGCUCGCUUCCCCGCUGAAACCGUUCAGAGGCACCGUUACGCUCAUUCUGCUGCCUCCCUCUUUCACUGAGUUUGAUCCGAUCCCCCUUCCCCGCUCUACGCGCGAUCUGAACGAUGCCUCCUGUGCCCCCGCAACCCGAGGAACGUCGGGUGAUCCUCUAUCACCAAACCAUCUGUGCCGACGGCCAGUAUGUCUCCAUGCUCCCCCUGCUGGAGAACAACACCGGCAUCACCCAUGUCAUCCUAGCAGCCUUCCACCUCAAUGCCGAUCCACAACACAUCACACUAAAUAAUGAUCCCCCACAUGAUCCGCUCUACGCACCGCUGUGGGAAGAGGUGCCUCUCGUGAAGCAAGGCGGGAUCCGCGUCAUGGGAAUGCUGGGGGGUGCCGCUCAGGGUUCGUUCCGCUCCCUCGAUGGAGACGAAGAGAAAUUCGAACGGUACUACCAACCUUUGCGGGACAUGGUGCGCCGCCACCAACUGGACGGGCUGGACCUAGAUGUGGAGGAGGAGAUGUCAUUACGAGGCAUCAUCCGACUGAUUGACCGGCUCAAGUUGGACAUGGGCGACGAGUUUAUCAUCACGUUGGCCCCGGUCGCCGCGGCAAUGUUAGGCUUGGGCAAUCUUUCAGGCUUCGACUAUCGCGAGCUGGAACGGCAGAGAGCGUCCAAGAUCAGUUGGUACAAUACGCAGUUUUAUAAUGGAUGGGGGCGUGCGGAGGAUCCUCGGAUGUAUGCGGCCAUGGUUGCACAGGGCUGGUCUCCGAAUCGGCUGGUGUACGGGCUGUUGACGAACCCGGCGAAUGGAGCACAGGGCUACGUGCCACAGGAGCAGAUCGGGCCGGUCCUGGCGCUACUGGUUGAUCGAUUCCCGGGUUUCGGAGGCGUCAUGGGCUGGGAAUACUUCAAUGCGAAGCCGGGGGGACGAGAGGCGCCGUGGCAGUGGGCGGCUGAGAUGACCUUGAGCAUGCAUAUGAAGGAUCUGAUCCCCGGCCAUCAUUUCCCACCCCUCAUAUUCACGUUGUUGGCCGUGUAUCUGGCCUCGUUGGUGUCGCUCGUUCGGCCGGCCGACCAAAGCACCCCCGAUCACCGCAAGGACAACAAAACUGCUCGACAAGCUUCCAAGUCUCCAGAACCUCCCUCUCAAGGCGUCCUUCAGACCCUAUUGACCGGUCUACCGUCCGCCAAGCUACCGCUGUCAACGCGUUUGACCGUUCUGAUCAACAUCGGCCUCGCUCUCCUUACACUGGACUUUGUAGCACGAGGCUUCGUGGUCUAUCCGAGCAAGGAUGUCACUUUCUCUCGCAUCGGCUACGUGUCGCCCACCACGGCGAAUCUGCUGGUUCGUGAGCCCGAUCCUGCCCAGCUACCCUUGUUCGUCUUCUACCAGCCAGCGGAAGACGAUCCCUCGCAAUGGACCGAAGAGGGCGUCAUCUACUUCCUGGAUGAUACGACGGACUUCACGACCACCGUCACGAUUAAGGGUCUGGAGCCGUCAUCUGCAUACCGCUAUUCUCUGUCCAACAAUCUGACAGGCUCUUUCGUCACGGCACCGAUGCCCGGCUCGAAAUCGGCUAAUCACCUCAGCUUCCUCACCUCGAGUUGUAUGAAGGCGAACUUCCCUUAUAACCCAUUGUCGCAUCCACUGCGGAUACCAGGAAUCGAGAAGAUGACGGAGACGGUCAAUUCACUGUCGUCGCUGCUCCGACCAGCUUUCAUGUUGUUCUUGGGGGAUUUUAUAUAUGUCGAUGUGCCUCAGCGCUUUGGAUCGUCCACCUCUCACUACCGCAGCGAGUACCGUCGGGUCUACUCAUCGCCAUCGUGGUCCGAGCCCCAAGGUAGCCCAGCCCUUGAUCUUCCGUGGAUUCAUACGCUCGAUGACCACGAGAUUGAGAACGACUGGUCCAAGGGGAACACAACUGCGCCGUAUCCUGCCGCUUUUGACCCCUACAUCCACUACCACGUCAGCGCAAACCCCCCUAUACCGCCGACUCCCUUUGCCAAACCUGAAAACACCACCUACUUCUCUUUCAUUAAUGGACCUGCCUCGUUCUUCAUGCUGGACACCCGCACCUACCGCACCGAGCCUGCCCAGCCCAGCUCUUCCAUCCUCGGCUCCGCACAGCUCCAGUCCCUCCUCGCCUUCCUCGCGCGUCCGGAGCCAUCCGAAGUGCGCUGGAAGAUCGUGGCGUCCAGCGUUCCUUUCACCAAGAACUGGCACGUUGGCACAACUGACACUUGGGGUGGGUUCCUCAAUGAACGUCGCAUUGUCUUUGAGGCGAUGUGGCGCGCAGAGCGCGAGCUAGGCGUCCGUGUUGUCCUGCUCAGCGGAGAUCGCCAUGAGUUCGGAGCGACCCGGUUUCCAGACCCAGAUAUCAAGCUGACGCCCGAUGAGCUACUCCCCAACACAGCGGGAGAAGGUCUGCACGAAUUCUGCGUCGGGCCACUGAACAUGUUCUACCUCCCGAUCCCGACCUACCGUCAAGACGAUGAUGAAGACGUCGCGAUCAAGUAUAUCCCAGAGGGAAACACCAAGUACGGGCUAAUCGACAUUGAUGUUCGGGACGAGACCAUCGACACCAAGGCUGGUGCAGCCAUCACUGUUCCCAGCUCCGUCUUCACCUACUCACUCUACGUCGACACCGACCUUGUCUGGCAGUACUCCCUCAGCGUCCCUCUGCGGGGAUUCGAAGCUGUGGUCGCAUCCUCGUCCGCAUGGAAACACCCUCGCUUCCCGCCGGGCAAACUCCUUCUCGACGAGCGCGAGGCAGGCAGCUGGAUCGAAUCGAUCAAGUCGGUGAUAGGCCGCGUCGAAGAGACAGUCGGCGAAGUGUCCUUUUACGCGAGAGAGCAAGUUUACGAUCUACUCGAUAAAGUCAGACGGGUGGAACGAGUGGACUGAUGUCUGGACACAUCUUAUUCUUCGAUGCAAUUGGCAGUGAGAGUUGGUUAAUAAUAAGAAAUAUGAUCCUAUUACCAUUAUUAAUGACAUUUACCUGACCGGACAGAUAAAGCUCGAUGCCUUGGUCUGAUAGUACUUUCUAGUAAAACCUCAACAAGAUACAGG